UAUUAGAGCCUUUCUCAAUGUGCAUGUAACCCACUGGAACACAACAUGAUUUGGCUGUAAUUGUUGUUUCCACGGAUGUUAAAACUUUCACUGUAUCUAAUUUAAAGAUACACAACAGGGAACCAGAGCAAAGUGAGUCUCCACACCCUUCAGGGGGAACUAAUUGACUGUAUUACUGCUGAAAGUUGAUCUACAAACUGAUUUGUCAUCACUGACGGGCGGAAACAAACCGAUACGAUGAAGGUGCUAGGUCUCAGUUUCCUCUGUCUGCUGCUGUGGCCUGAGUCUGCAGAGGCUCAGUUUCCUCGAGUGUGCUGCACCGUGGAGGGGAUACAGACCAAGCAGUGCUGCCCCGCUCUGGGAUCUGAUCCGGCCAAUGUUUGCGGAUCUCUGUCGGGGAGAGGAAUCUGCUCUGCUGUUCGGGUGGACAACAAACCCUGGGGAGGACCCUACAGGCUGCGAAAUGUGGAUGACAGAGAGAGAUGGCCCACCAAAUUCUUCAAUCAGACCUGCAGAUGUACUGGUAAUUUUGCAGGUUUUGACUGUGGUCAGUGUAAAUUUGGUUGGACCGGACCCAACUGUGACCAGAGGAAAGCCCCAGUGAUGCGUAAGAAUAUCCACUCUUUGACUCCUGAAGAGCUGCAGGAGUUUUUGGAUGUACUGGAUCUGGCUAAGACCUCCAUCCACCCAGACUACAUGAUUGCCACUCAGCACUGGUUGGGACUCCUGGGACCAAACGGAACCGAGCCUCAGUUUGCCAAUGUCUCUGUCUACGACUUCUUUGUCUGGCAACAUUACUACUCUGUCCGAGACACUCUUCUGGGCCCUGGUCGUCCAUUCAGAGCCAUUGACUUCUCCCAUAAAGGGCCAGCAUUCAUUACCUGGCACAGGUAUCACCUUCUCAGCUUAGAAAGAGAGCUACAGAGAUUGUCUGGCAAUGAGAACUUCGCAAUUCCUUACUGGAAUUUUGCCACAGGGCAGAACGAGUGUGAUGUCUGCACCGACUCUAUGCUGGGAGGCCGAAACCCAGACAACCCCUCCCUCAUCAGUAGCCAGUCCAGAUUCUCCAGAUGGGGAGUGGUGUGUAACAGUUUGGAUGACUACAAUCGCCUGGUGACUCUUUGCAAUGGCACCAAUGAGGGUUUGAUUCAGCGAGGGAUCAUGGAGAGCAGCAACAUGUCUCUGCCCACCAUGAAUGACGUCAGAAGCUGCCUUGGAAUCAGGGACUUCGACAGUCCACCUUACUUCACCAACUCCUCCUUUAGUUUCAGAAAUGCUCUUGAAGGGUAUGAUAAACCAGACGGAGAACUGGACGAAUCAGUCAACAACCUCCACAACCUCGUCCACUCUAUGCUCAAUGGAACCAGCUCUCUGUCCCACUCUGCAGCCAACGACCCCAUCUUUCUGGUGCUCCAUGCUUUCACUGAUGCUAUUUUUGACGAGUGGAUGAGAAGGUUUAUUCCAUCCAACGGCAGUUUCCCAGACGAGAUGGCCCCUAUUGGUCACAACAGGGAGUACAACAUGGUUCCUUUCUUCCCUCCCAUCACUAAUGAGGAGAUCUAUGUGACGUCUGAUCAGCUGGGGUAUUCUUAUGCCAUCGCCCUGGAUGAUGCAGAUGGAGGGCCGGCUGUGUUUGUGCUGGGCUCCACUCUGGGGGGAGUCUUCAUCGGUCUCCUGGUGCUCCUCCUUAUCUUUGUGCUCUACCUGCGUCAACGGAGAAACAGAGGCUUUGAACCUCUGAUAAAAGCAGACUUCACAAAUAGAAAGUACACCGAGGAAGCCUAGAUUUCGCCCGUUGUUUUGAAACGCACUUCAAUACUCAUGCAUCUAAGAGUGAUACAGCUGCUGACACUCUGUAUGCAGGGUAAAACAAGAGAAGAAAAUGUUAAUUCUGUAGAUGAAUGACACACUAGAUAGUUUCAAACAAGAAAGAAUGUGAAUCAUGUUAUGUCCAUUUAAAAUAUUGAAGAAAAACCUGCUAUUGCAUGUAUACUUUUUUGUGUUAAAACCUGAUAUGGUUACUAAUACAUUGACAACUGGUUUCCAGUUUGCAUUAACAAUCACCAAAAUACAAUUGUGGAAUGGAAUCUCUUGGGUUUUUUUUUCUUUUUUUUUUUUUUUAAUAAAUAUUUAUUUUCAAGAACAGUAACAAAACACAAAUGCAAUCAUCUUAAUUGCACUGAAAAACAGUAAGGCAUAUUUUCUUAUCUUUUUCUUCACUCCUGUUAGCUUGAAAUGGCUUCAAACCCCCAACAUCACCCCUCAUUAGGAUCUGAAUUCAUACAGUAAUGCACAGUUUAUAUAUAGAUAUAAAAAAAAAAAA